AUGGAGCGCUUCACGGUGGAGCAGGACGAGGCCCUGCAGCUCCUAACCUCCCUACAACACCUCCCAUUCGAUAGUUGCUGGAAGCUGCAGAGCCUCCCGGCGGGGCUACAUAGAUUGACAAGCCUCAAGACAUUAGAGAUCGAGUUCUGUCAAUCCAUCCGCGUGCUGCACAAGGACGGCCUCCCUGAUUCCCUGCAACAAUUACGCAUCUACAGCUGUCCAUCCGUCCGGGCGCUACCCAAGGGCCGCCUCCCAACUUCACUGAAGCUAUUAGAAGUCAGCGAUGGCAGCGAGGACCUAACAAGGCAGUGCCGCAACCUGAUAGGAACCAUUCCGAUAGUCAAGCUUGACUAA